AUGCCCCCUUCCCUACCUGUCCCCUGCCUCAGGGGCUUCUGCACCUCCCCCCACAACCCCCAAGCCCCCUUCUGCCUGCUGACCCUGCUGCUGCCACCUCUCAGUUUGGGAGCCCCCAUAUCCACAGCUGAGUCUAUCAAUCAAGCCUAUAACCUGGCGCUCGACAUGCAGAUACAGACUUCAGCCCUGCUGCAGAUUUACCUUGAACACCAAGGCACUCCCUUUAGUGAUCCCAACUUCUCAUCCCCCGGACUCUCACUCAGAACCCUGCCUUCGACCGACAUGCCCUUCGAGAUCUGGCAUGGCCUGGAAGAUGGAGAACAUCUGAGCCUCACCCAGAAGGCCUUCUGGUCCUUCAGCCAGCACUUCCAGCUUGCGAAGGAUGACCAGAGUGACCUGAACCCUGGCCAUUCCAUCGUGGUGGAUCAGCUUGAGGAAGCAAGACUCAAGGCCAAAGGCCUAGCGGGCAACUUGGCUGGCAUCAUGACUGCCCUGGACCUGCCCACCCCCCCAGCAAACACCCCCCUCGGUAGUGUUCCCUUAGGAGACUCGGUCUUUGAGAGGAAGUGUCGAGGGUAUGUAAUAAUCCGGGACUACAGCUUUUGGACAGACCGAGCUGUGACUUUCUUGGGUGAGCUCAAGGCCAAAUACUCUGAAUAG